GCACAUCAAUGCAGUCAAACUAGUUUGCAGAGUGGUUUGAGCUUGUUGUGUUACAGAGGGGGGCACUUAGUACAUGCUGUUUAUUGUGCGGGUGUUUUUUUUUGUUUGUGUCAAUUUCCUCCAAUCUGGCGGUUGAGUGAAAAAACCAGGGGGCCCUGGAGCAGUGCAGGAUGGUCCUUCAGGCUGUAGGGAAGGCACUGGGCUACAGGAAAAGAAAGACUGCAAAAUCAAAGCCAGAUGAAAAGCUGCCAUCGACCGAAGAGAAGAAGUUGUAUCUCGAGGCAGAAUACGCCUCUGCUCGAGUGUCUGAUGCAGAUUUGCCCAUGCUUGUGAGCUUGCCCAGGGAAAUUGACCAGAAUGAAUGGUUGGCCAAUAACACAAUGACAUUCUUCAAUCACAUAAAUCUGCAGUACAGUGCUAUCUCUGAAUUCUGCACAGCAGAAAGCUGUCCUGUAAUGAAUGCAUGUAAUGUUCAAUACUUCUGGAUAGAUGAACGAGGGAAGAAAAUAAAGUGUACUGCACCACAGUACAUUGACCUAGUGAUGACGCACAUCCAAAAACUAUUGACUGAUGAGGAAAUCUUCCCUACUAAGUAUGGUAAAGACUUCCCGAGUUCUUUUGAAUCACUCGUCCAGAAGAUCAGCCGCUACCUCUUCCAUGUUCUUGCUCAUAUCUACUGUGCUCACUUCAAGGAAGUUGUGGCCCUUGAACUGUACCCACAUCUCAAUACCGUGUACACGCACUUUCUGAUCUUUGUCAGAGAGUUUAAUCUCAUCGACCCCAAGGAAAUGGCUGUGAUGAGGGACUUAACAGAUGUUCUCCUCUGUGGUACACCGCAGCCCCAGAACCAUGUGAACCACAGAUGAACCAGGCGGCCAGUGCAUCUCAUGGAUAUUAGAAAUAUUUUCUUUAGUGGAAAGAAUAAUAACUUAAGGAAUCAUGUUGCCCAUGGCAACGUUGAAGAAAUAUGUGACCAACAGAUCAGUGAUACCAAGUGGCCCAAAGUGGUGACUGUGUUGAAAUCCCUACCCAUACAGCAGUUAUCCUUUCUGACCGCCUCACUGACUAUUAACUUUUAUCUAAUGAAAAGGUGUCAAUUUUCUCUCCCCCGCCACCCCCAACCCCCACCGACUUCAGACCGCCAGUGACAGCAAGUCAUGAGUUUUUUUUUCCACUUCUGCGGAAGAUUCUCAUAACUUGCUCGCUGCCAGUUAUGGAUCUGUCAGUGUUCAGGAAAUAACUAACACUAUGCACUGUCACAUCCGAAGUAUCCGUUUAGGUGCUCACUUACCACUCUCUUAGUCUGGCAUGGUCAGUGCCCUGAAUGCCAUAAUUGUGCAGGCAGGAGAAAUGGGAUCAGAAAGUUCUUUUGGCGAAAUGCCUAAUGGGAUAGAACAGAUAAAGGCUUCUGUAGUGUGCAUGUAGGUUUGUUUUAUUUCUUUCAUUAUUGACAAUUCCUGGAGUAUAUUUGUAAGUGAAUUGGAGACGGUUUUUGCUUUACUCUUUUCCCCUUUCCCUACUGCUCCCUCUUUUUCUAGUGCCAUUAAAUGAGCUUUAUUGAAGAUUUAA